AUGGGAACGAACACCAACAGCGGCGGCAGCAGCGACAGCUCCAGCAGCAGUAAGGACGACGUGCAGCAACAACGAUGGCGGCAGCUCCAGGUGGUGGCGAAGGCGGCAGCUGCCGUCGAGGUCUUCAUCGUGGCCGUCCAUGGAGGUGAAAGUCCUGGAACUUCUCUGAUUUCGCUCCAGCUAACGCCUCAAAAUUGUUACCAGUGGUCGCACGACAUGUGGAGAGCACUGAGAUCGAAGAAUAAGGUGAAGUUCCUUGAUGGAUCGAUUCCGAAACCGACCGAAGGCGAUCCUACUUUCGAAGCAUGGGAUAGGUGCAAUAAUUUUCUUCUCUCUUGGAUUAACCUCUCUCUCAGUCCUGAGAUCGCUAAAAGCGUGAUGUGGAUUAGUUCAGCUCCAGAUUUAUGGAACGAUUUGAAGCAUCGUUAUUCGCAUGGAGAUGUUUUUCGAGUAGGUGAGUUGAAAGAGGAAUUCUAUGCGCUCAAACAAGGUGAUCUCUCUGUCACCUCUUAUUUUACUAAGCUGAAGGCUAUUUGGGAAGAAUUAGAAAAUUUACAUGCCAUCCUUAAUUGUGUUGCUUGUGAACGACAGUUGAAUUGUGAGUUGUCUGAUAGCAAAAUUGUGACUAAUUCUUUGGAAGUGCAAGCCUCAGCUGGAGGUGGUUCUUUCCCAGCGAGAGGCAGAGGUCGUGGGAGAAGUACAGGUAGAGGAGGCACUCAGAAAUCCUAUGGUCGAGGAUACACUUCUAAGAUUUGUAGCUACUGUAAUCGAAUUGGUCAUUUAGCAGAAACUUGCUACAAGAAAAAUGGUUUUCCUGCUCACUUAAAACAACGAGUAGCUAAUCAAAUCAGCACUGAAGGGACAGUUGAGAAUUCUAGUGCUGAGAUCACUGAUUCUGGCUCAGAUGAAAAGAGUAAUGAUACAGUACUUGUGUUAACUCCAGAUCAGAAAGAAACUUUACUGGCCCUCCUCUAA